ACCAGACACCCAACACCAUGGCUUGCUGUGUUGCCCGCUGCUGCAGUGUCCCCACUGGCCCCUCCACCACCAUCUGCUCCUCAGACAAAUCCUGCCGCUGUGGAGUCUGCCUGCCCAGCACCUGCCCACACACUGUUUGGCAACUGGAACCUACCUGCUGUGACAACUGUCCCCCACCCUGCCACAUUCCUCAGCCCUGUGUGCCCACCUGCUUCCUGCUCAACUCCUCCCUGCCAACCCCAAACCUGGAGACCCUCAACCUCACCACCUUCACUCAGCCCUGCUGUGACCCCUGCCUCCCAAGCAACUGCUGACCAGUGACUGCUUUGCUCAGGGCCUGUCAUUGAAAGAGCCAACCCACAAGCUUUGGCAUUUACCUG